CGAGUUCCAGAGAUUCACCGGAGAUGUCGGCGGAGGAGCUGCGGCUGGACCUGGACGAGCUGCGGCGGCUGGAGGGCCUCGCCACGCGCCCCCGCGUCCUCUCCCUCCUCGCCAACGAGAUCCGCACCGUCGACGCAAAGGUUGCAUCUUUCUCUCUCUUUCUCACCCCUCGCCCCCGCGCUUGCCGCCGAUCGAUUCCGUUCGGCGCGCCGGGUGGAUUGCGGUUCGUGUUUUCGUGCUGAUGUUUCUCCGAUUACUGAUAGUUGGCCACUGCCGCUGCGACCGUGCCGGUUGCGGCGCCCGCCCGUGCUGGUGUGAGUUACGUCACGCUGGGAACGUUCAGCUGGGACCAGGACAACGACAAGAUCAGGGUUUAUGUAUUCCUUGAGAAUGUUGACCAAGAGAAGGUUGAGACUACUUUUAAGCCAAUGUCAGUGGAUAUUAAGUUUCAUGAUGUCAAAGGCAAGAACUACCGGUGUGCCAUCCCAAAACUGAACAAAGAAAUAGUUCCUGAGAAAUGCAAGGUUGUGGUCAAGCCUACAAAGAUUGUCAUCACCCUCUGGAAAGCUUCUACAGGAAGUUGGUUGGACCUGCACUACAAGGAAGACAAGUUCAAGCCAAGCGCGGGCAAAGAUAAAGAUCCCAUGUCAGGACUUAUGGAUUUAAUGAAGGACCUGUAUGAGGAGGGGGACGACAAUAUGAGGCGCACAAUAGGCCAGUCGUUGAUGGACGCCAGGACUGGGAAGACAGCUGAUCCAAUGAGGCGAUUAGCUUGAGCUGGUAGUUUGGUUCUCUAGUAGCUGCUUAAUGCGCUGGGUUGUUCCAUAUAUUCAGUGUGGGUGAGAGUAUUGUGUUGCCGAGUGCGACCUGUCUGAUACAAAUGCCGUCCUUGUUUCUGGGUUGUUUUAAUUUGGAAAUCCUCACACGCUCAGCGUAUUGUCAUAUCGAAUACUUUUUUGUGCGUGUGUUUUUGCUGCAGAAAUUUCUCCACAGAAAGCCAUCGAGUACCUGCUCAUUUUGCACUUAAACGUCUCGUUGUCCA